GUCUACCGUGGGCACACCAGCCUGGUGCGUUGCCUCAGCAUCUCUCCCAGCGGGCAGUGGCUGGUGUCAGGCUCCGAUGACUGCACGGUGCGGUUCUGGGAGGUGUGCACAGCUCGCUGCAUGAAGACCCUGCCUGUGGGCGGUGUGGUGAAAAGCGUUGCCUGGAACCCCAACCCCACCAUCUGCCUGGUGGCCAUCUGCGUGGAGCAGUCGGUGCUGCUGGUGAACCCCUGCCUCGGGGACAAGCUGCUCUAUGGGGCCACCGACCAGCUGCUCGAGUCCUACGUGGCGCCGGAGGAGGAGCGGGUCCAGCCUGUGCAGUGGGUGAUGGCCACCAUGGAGGAGCACAGCAAAGGCGUCCGGCUGGUCAUCCAGCACAGCAAGGCUGUGAAGCAGGUGACCUGGCACGGCAAAGGCGACUACUUCGCCAGCGUCGUCUCUGACAACAGCAACAUGCAAGUGCUGAUUCACCAGACCAGCAAACGCUGGAGUCAGAACCCCUUCCGCAAGAGCAAGGGGCUGGUGCAGUGCGUGCUCUUCCACCCCAUCCGGCCCUACUUCUUCGUGGCCACCCAGCGCUACGUCCGCGUCUACAACCUCCUCAAGCAAGAGCUCACCAAGAAGCUGAUGACGAACUGCAAGUGGGUGUCCAGCAUGGCCAUCCACCCUGGAGGUGACAACAUCAUCUGCGGCAGCUAUGACAGCAAGCUGGCCUGGUUUGACCUGGACCUUUCCACCAGACCCUACCAGCUGCUACGGCACCACAAGAAAGCGCUGCGGAGCGUGGCCUUCCACAAGCACUACCCGCUCUUCGCCUCGGGCUCGGACGACGGGACCGUCAUCGUUUGCCACGGCAUGGUCUACAACGACCUGCUGCAGAACCCACUGCUGGUGCCCGUGAAGGUGCUGAAGGGCCAUGUGCUGACAUUGGACCUGGGCGUCCUCGAUGUGCUCUUCCACCCCACCCAGCCCUGGGUCUUCUCUUCCGGCGCUGACGGCACCGUCCGGCUCUACACGUAGCUGCUGCCCAGGGCCAGCGCACCCCCAAGCCAAUACCAGCCCCCUGUGGGCAAGGGGCAGCGCCAGGACCACCGCACUCUGCCAGAAACGUUGCUCCUGCUCCUGCACACAGACUCCUGGGGCCUUUCUCAUUAAACUCUU